UCAGCACCAGCCACGUGCUCCCCACAGGCACUCCCGGCCACGCUGCGAGGCAGGAUGCUGCUCACCUUCCUGGUGGUCCUUGGGGCACCAACGAGGGCCCAGAAGGGACCAAGACAUGAGCGGCUCCCGCCAGCCCCCCAAGCUGUGGAUGGAGGGAAGCUGAUGAGACAGGAAACCGCCAGCGAUAACAAGAUGCUGCCAGGUCUCUCCAAAAUGAGAAGGGGUGACGAUGGCUCUGGGGCAGGGUCUCAUCUGGACAAAGCUGCCCUGCCACUGCAAGUGGGAUCAGAAAGACAAGCACUGCCCUGGCUGAUGAGCCCAGCCACCAAAAGAGCUGCUCCCAGGAAAAAGGGGAGGAAGGUGUCCCUGUCACUCGAUGUCCACACUCACUUACUGAAAAUCCUGCUCGACCUGGCCAGAGAGAAGGAACUGCAGGCCAAGGCAGCUGCCAAUGCUGAGCUGAUGGCCCGCCUCGGGCGCAGGAGAUAAACUCCUGGCUGGGAUAUAGCAGGGCUGGAGAGGGCAGUGGGGCUGCCUGGGGCACAGGCAGAGGAAAGCGUGGAGUGGCAUUAGUGUGUCUGCAGAGGACUGUGGCCAGGGCACCUCAUCCCCCCAGUCCCAGUGCCCAUGACACAAGCAGCAGCCAUAGGGGGAUUUGGUUUAAUAACUAUCACUUCUGCACCACUGGAGAAGAUACAGCUGGGCUUACCUUGGCCAGUGCUUGAGCACAGCUGCUCCCAGCCCCAGGCACUACAGGUAUUUCUAUGCUUGGCUUUGCUCCCUGCUCAUCCACCACUGAGAUGUCUCCAAAGGGGCUGCAUCCAUCCAGGCAGCUUUUCCUGGGUGCUUCUUCUCUCUGGCUGAGUGAAGCACACAAAAUCCUCCACACAGCUUGGACAAGCCUCAAAGCCAGAGUCUUGAGUGAGCAUGCACAAUAAAAUGUGGCGUCAAAUACAACCUGUUGUGCUUUAUACCUGUUCUGCACCCCUUUACACUCCCAUUUUGUGUUCCCUUUUCCCAGAGAUGCUGUGAGGGCAUGUGCUCAGCCAGGGCCAGCAUGGGAGGUCAUUAAAUUCCAAAUGAGGGGUCAGACCUUGUACCAACAGCGGAGCCAACCCCUGGCCCAGGGAGCCCACAGCGGCUCUGGGCCUACAGGGAAAUCGUGUUGUGCC